GUAUCGAGCUCCAGAGGUGUUAUUGAGGUCACCAGUGUAUAGCUCACCAUUAGACAUCUGGGCGGUAGGCUGCAUCAUGGCUGAACUCUACACACUUCGACCUCUGUUUCCUGGCAACAGUGAGGUGGAUGAGAUCUUCAAGAUCUGCCAGGUUCUUGGUACAGUAAAGAAGUCAGACUGGCCAGAGGGUUAUCAGCUUGCUGCUGCGAUGAACUUCCGCUUCCCCCAGUGUGUUCCUACACCACUCAAAACUCUCAUCCCCAAUGCCACCAAUGAGGCUUUAGACCUCAUGAGAGAUCUCCUCCAGUGGGACCCAAAGAAAAGACCCUCUGCUGCAAAGGCACUCAGAUACCCCUACUUCCAAGUAGGACAAGUUCUGGGCCCCCUACCCAUGACCCCCGAUGUACGGAAGGCUCAGAUAAAGACGACCCUGCCAAUUGAAUCCAGAUCAGAGCUGCAGUCUGUCUCAGAACCAGCGUUGCCGUCACAGACUAAAGGCCAAUGCAGAAGCUCCCAUCAGCCACUGCAGCAGAUUCCUCUGCCCCAUUCUCAGACAGAUCAUCUCGCUCCAUACACACAAAAGGUGGUCGGGGGUGAGAACAGUUUGAUUGGGCUGAAGAACGGACGAAGAAGGUGGGGACAGACCAACAUGAAACCCUCAGACAGCUGGGAUGAGUCUGACUGUUCUGAUACCGCAGCAUCCCUCUCUAAAAAACCCAGCAAAGGCCCUGAGGAGGAGAAAACUACUACACAGCGCAAGGACCAGAAACCCCUUUAUACAUUUAGCACUGUAACAAAAUUACCAAACACCAGCAGACUGAACCAACCAGACUCUAGUCACCAGAGCACCUCUUCAGCCAGACAACAUUACCUGCGCCAGUCCAGAUACCUGCCAGGGUUAAUAAGCAAGAACACACCAUCUCUGAAUAACAAGGAAUCUCAACAAGACUUGUGGGACACCUCAGCUCUGAUGAACAAACCUCUCGCACCUAUUGGAGGAGCGCCAGUGUCUAGAAUCAGCCCAGGAAACUUUGUAACCACCACAUACAAUCUCUCUGGAGGAUAUAUACCUUCUUUCCAGAAGAAAGAAGUGGGAUCCGUAGAACAAAGGAUUCAGCUUGCCCCUCUCGGACACCAGCAUGCGCUUGAUCUCUCUGCCACUGCUGACUCAAAAACUGGCAAAGCUAAACCUUCAAAGUCCAAACCUUCCUCUACAGUUUCAGUCAGUGAGAUCUCUGAAGAUUAUGAUGGAUGGAAAAGGAGAGCGGAGCGAACCCAACCUAAAGGAAUGAGUUACUCGGCUCUGGGCAAAAACUCAGCCAAUCUCAUUGCUCGUGCUCCACCAGUUCAGUCAGUGCAUGGGCGGGUUGACUGGGCUGCAAAAUAUGGAAGCCAUCGCUAAUAUCUAUUAUGCGAGCUGUAUUAUUACAGCUGCUGUGAGGACUAAGGCCUGUUUCAACACUCGUGAAUAUUGUAUAAACACAUAUCUUUUUGUUUCUGCGAGGAGCAUCCACACCACUUACUGUAAGCCCACGGCUGAUUAAUUGUUCGAUAAAAAACAAGAAUCUGUGUACAAUAGAUUUUUACAAACCUAACAAUUUGUUCAUCUUUAAAUCUGUCUUGUUAAGUUUAUGCAUCCAAUGCCUGUAACCCUUAUUUUCAAUAGAAUGGGUAGAUCUAUAUCCCAUAUAUUGCAUUUAUUUUUUGUAACCUUUUUGACAUUUUUUUAUAGUAUGCAGUUUUUAAAUAUAUUCUUGUUUUUUUUUUUAUCUGUUACUGUGAUUCAUACUGCAAGGCAGU